AAAUUCUCUUCGUUUUGUACACACGCAUCUUGCACAAAAAACACAACGGUGGUGGAAAAAUCUAUAAGAAAAUUCUGUAUAUUUGCUAUAAGAUUUUCAUUGAAAUUGUCAUUAACAGUGAAAAAUAUUGUUUUACGUUAAUCCAAUAAAUAUAUUUUAUAAAAAUAUAAUUGUGUAAUCUUAAAAUAUUGCUAUUAAUAUUACGUGCGUUUCCCCUCCUGCCUCGUUUAAGCGCAAUUGUGUCAUGAGUGUUUCUGUGUGUGUCAAGUGAUCGAUUCAAUGCUAAAAAAGAAAAAUCAAGAAAAUUUUAUAUAAAGAUUUUCCAACAUUUCCAGGCCAGAGAAAAAAUUAAAUUUUCUUUAAUAAAAAGAAAGUUAUUUUUACUUUGUAGUGAGUGCAGUAAAAGUUUUGAACAAAAAAACAAAAUAUAAAAUAAUAAAAAAUCAUUUGUGCAUUUUUGUUUAUAAAAAAAUCGGAGAAGUGUAGAUAAAGGAGAAAUAGAAACAAAACAAAUUGAACAAUAGCAUAGUUUGCAUCACAAACAACAACAACAGUAGAAAAACAUAGGGAUUUCACAAUAUCAACAAAAUUAUUUAUUUGUGUAAAAAUAAAAUUCAUCUUUAUUCUUCAAACCAACAAAUUUCAAUAUCACACUGAUAAAAUGUUUAGUCCGGAUUAUGAAAAACGUAUUUUGAAACACUGUAGUCCAGUGGCUAGAAACUUAUUUAAUUCAUUUGAAGCUGCUUCUACAACAUCAUCGCUGGAUCGAUUUAUACCUUGCAGAGCAAAUAAUAAUUGGCAAACAAAUUUCGCUUCAAUAAACAAAUCAAAUGAAAAUUCACCACAGACUAGUAAAAAGCAAAGAGAUUGCGGCGAAACGGUCCGUGAUAGUUUAGCGUAUUCGUGUCUUCUAAAAAAUGAAUUAUUGGGUACGGCCAUUGAGGAUGUUAAAGCCGUCAGUGAUGAACGUAAUGAAAAUGCAUACACACCCACAGCCAAAAGAAGUUUAUUUAAAUAUCAAUCACCCACAAAACAGGAUUUCAAUGAACAAUGCCCCUACUCAUUAUCACCCGUAAGCACAAAAAGCCAAAAACUUUUGCGUUCACCCCGCAAAGCUACUAGGAAAAUAUCCCGCAUACCCUUCAAAGUUUUGGAUGCGCCUGAGUUGCAAGAUGAUUUUUAUUUAAAUUUAGUCGAUUGGUCAUCACAAAAUGUCUUGGCCGUUGGUUUAGGUAGUUGUGUUUACCUAUGGAGUGCCUGCACAAGUCAAGUAACACGGUUGUGUGACCUUAGCCCUGAUGCGAAUACUGUGACAUCAGUUUCAUGGAAUGAACGUGGUAAUUUAGUAGCUGUUGGUACACAUCAUGGCUAUGUUACGGUAUGGGAUGUUGCUGCCAGUAAACAGAUCAAUAAACUAAAUGGCCAUUCAGCACGUGUAGGAGCUUUGGCUUGGAAUGGCGACAUUCUUUCGAGUGGUUCAAGAGAUCGUUUAAUCAUACAAAGAGAUACACGGACACCAGCCCAACAAUCAGAACGUCGCUUAGUGGGCCAUCGUCAAGAGGUGUGUGGCUUAAAAUGGUCUCCUGAUAAUCAAUACUUAGCUAGUGGUGGUAAUGACAAUCGCCUAUAUGUAUGGAAUCAACAUUCCCUUAAUCCAGUACAAUCCUACACCGAACAUAUGGCCGCUGUUAAAGCCAUAGCAUGGUCACCACAUCAUCAUGGCCUAUUGGCUAGUGGUGGCGGUACAGCUGAUCGCUGUAUACGUUUUUGGAACACAUUGACCGGACAACCAAUGCAGUGUGUAGACACUGGCUCGCAAGUGUGCAAUUUGGCAUGGUCUAAACAUUCAUCGGAGUUGGUGUCAACUCAUGGUUAUUCGCAAAAUCAAAUUUUGGUAUGGAAAUAUCCCUCCCUAACACAAGUGGCCAAAUUAACAGGACAUUCAUAUCGUGUCCUUUAUUUGGCCUUAAGUCCUGAUGGCGAAGCUAUUGUUACGGGUGCCGGCGAUGAGACAUUACGUUUUUGGAAUGUAUUUAGUAAAGCUAGAAGUCAAAAGGAAAAUAAGUCUGUAUUAAAUUUAUUUACAAACAUUAGAUAAUUCUGCUGAACGAAACAGGAAAAUUCAAAAAACUCUUGACUAUUAAUGAUAAAUAUGAAUACACAAUAAUUUAGGAAAAACAAUCAAAUAAAAUCGCCAACAUCAAAUAACUACACACAUCAACAAUUUGAAAAAUCAUCUUCAUUUUAUGUUAAAGCAAAUCACCAAAAAUCUAUUAAGAAACAACCAAACUUAUUUUUUUUUUGCUAUUUUUAUAGAUUUGUUUUCUUGAAAACUUUGUUCUUGAAAACCUCAAUUAUUGAGUGAUUGUUGUGUCAUUUAUACUUUCUCAACUGUUUCUAUCUAUAAACAUAUAACAAACAUAUAUUUUUCUAUACAAAAAAACUUUGUCCUAUAAUUAUACAAACAAAAAUAACUAUUAAUUGAAUGAAUGGAUAUGUUUUAAUUUUUAUCUACAUAUUUACAUAUAUUUUUCAUUUGUUUUUAUUUUAUUAUAUUAUUAUUUUUUAUUUAACAAGGCUUUAGCAAUUUUAUAUACCAAUUUAUACAUUUAUAAUGUAUUUAGCUUGUUUAUUUUAUAUUUUUUUUUUGUAGCUUUUAGUUUAGUAAAAUUAUUUUAUAGUUUUUUUUUCAAUUUUUUGUUUGUUUUAAUAUUUAAUAGUAGGGCCGCCGCAUAUUUUCUUAAUUUUUAAAAAAUGUAACAAACAAAGAAAUCUUUUGUGAAUUUAGUUUUUAUAUAUAUAUGUAUAUUUACAAAAUUUUUGAAACUUAACUUGAAUUUAUAAAAUAUAUAUUUUUUGAAAUUGUAUGUAAUAUCUUUGAAAACUGAAUUUUGAUCUUUUCUGUAAUGAAAAAACAAGUUGAUAAAACAAAUAAAUUUGUUGUAAAAUUUAUAAUAUAUAAACAUUAAAACAAAAAUUGUUGGUAAAACUUUAAUGAAUGCUAAUAAUUGUCGAAAUGAAAUGUUAAGAGAUUUCAUUUUGUAUUUAUCAAAUUAUUGACGAUAAACUAGUUAUAAAGGUCUGCGAUAAAUUUACACAUAAUUUGUAUUUCAGAAACUUCCAUUUCUACUCCAAUUGGAAAUUUCUGAAAUACAAUUCUGAACUUUUGAAAUAAAAUUGGAAAUGAUGUGGAACUGAGAAGGAAACAUUUAUUUUUGUUUGGCAUACAAAUAAUAUUCAAUAAAUUUACAAAUAAUAUUUAAAAUUUAGUAACACGAAGUCUGGUUAUGUGUUAACUAAUAGUUAUACUGACAGUUUUCAUACAAACAAAUUUUUAACAGGCUUCGUGUUAAUGGGGGUCACAGUAAUAAAAUUGAUUUUUUUAUAUUUAUUAGAAAAUUCUGUUGCACACAAAAUUGUAUAUAAUACACCUAUAAACAAAAUAGAAAAAAAGAAUAUUCGAUUUUUCAAAAUACUGACAUAUGUAGUUUAAAAACGCCAUUUAUAACAGUCAUAACGUUAGUUUUGUUCUGGAAUAUGGUCAAUUAUAUUUAAGGCCCUUUCAAAUCCUACUCGUUAGAUUCACAAAUAUAUACAAUCUGAAAUCUUUUUGAAUUCAAUUUAAGGUUGAUGAGAGAAUAGAAUGUUUGAUAUCAAAUAUUUUCUCAACUUGAUAUCAAAUGUUAUUUUCAAAUCUUUCUCAAUUCUAAAUAUUAAAAUACAUAUUUUUUAUUGAUUAGAUAUCAACUAUUAUUCGGCAAACGUAACUCCACUUUAGUUCGGUUGCCAUCCAUAAUAGACCAACUAAUUCGGAAUUUAAAAAUGUCUAGCAUCAUUCAAAGGCUUCUAUUUAAAUAUAAUUAAUUAAUCAUAGAAUUAAUUCAAAAUUUAUUCAACCUUUGAAUGAUAAAAUUUUUGUUAAUUCAAAACAAACACAAAUUGAAUUAAAAUAAUUUUUCUUCAUUCUUUUCAUUUAUAAAAUAAAUAGAAAAAUAUUAUAUGUAGAUUUGAAUUGAAUUGAAGAAAAUUUGAAUCCAAAUAUUUAACCCCAUAAAUACCAAAUAUAUUUGAUUAGGAAAAUUGCAAAAUCUAAGAUGUCUAAAUAUUUUUUUUUAUAGAUUCAGUUGCAUUCCAUACAUUUGAGAAUAAGGGGUGUGAAUAGCUUGAGAUUAAAAGCAUUUCUCAAAUUGAGAUUAAAUUCCACUAACUUUAGAGAAAGCUGUUAAUCCCAAAUUAUUUUGCAAUCAUUAUUAUUUGAUUUCAAAUUAUUCUCAAUAUGAGAUCGAACCUACGUGUUGCUGGGAUUGUUAAAAUAUUUGACAAAAUAAGCUUAACUACUAUUUUGAACAAAUGCCAAAUUAUACAAUGUUAUAUUGAUCUUCUACUAUGAUUUGUAUGAAAUCAUAGCUUUAUAAUUGAAAUAAGUAUUUGUUCAAAGGCGUAUUUCCUCAAAUAAUUUAAGAAUAAUGUUAACGUACCUUUAGUUUUGUUAACUGCAGCGUAGUAAAUUGUUGUAAAUAAUAUUUACAACAUCAACCAAAUCUACCUGGUGGGUACUUUUACUAAUCCACAUUAACAAUAAUGUCUUAAUCUGUCAUGAAACACAGCUCUAAAUAUUUAAAAGGUCCACUCAAACUUUACAUUAUUGACAUUAUUUUUGGUAAAAUUAAACCCCAGCUUUUAUUAUUGUUAAAUUUUAAACUGAAAAUUUGCAAAAUUAAGAUAAUUAAGUUUAUUCUUAAUAAUUUGAUAUUUCUGCGUUCAUUAAAUUUUUACCAAACACAUUCAAAUUUUGUUCUAUUUUUUUAAGUUGUAAAUGAAAAACAAAAGUUAAUAAAAAAAAUAUAUAUAUUUCAGCAGAAUUUUUGAAAAUGCAUAUGCGACAAAGCUGGCGUGCAAUGAUAAAAUUAAAAUUCUAUAAUUUUAAAUUAAAAAAAAACACAAUAAAAUUUUAUUAAUAUUUAAUAAAAAAAACUAUACUUAAAUAAUAAAAACUUCCAGCUAAUUUGUUAAUUUCAAACAAUAGGAAUUAGCUAAAAGAACUGAAUUAUAUAAAUCAUAAGAAUAUGUUUAUAAAUAUAAUAAAUAUAUUUCAAAGUCCUUAAUUAUAAGCUUUAAAAUUUAAGUAAUUCAAAUAACAAAAAAAAUUUUAACGAAACUAAAAUUAACAAAUAAACAUUAUUAAGCCCUGUUAACUUAUCACAAUUUCAUUCAGUCUUAAUUAAGCUUUGACCGGCGGUAAAUUUUAGAUGUGGUCAAAACCUAACUAUGAAAUCAAAUUAUGACAAGUUGACAGGAAUCAUAAUAAUUAUUUGAAUUCAUUACAUACAUAACUAUUAUAAUUGUAUAUUAAAUAAUUCGUUUUGAAAAAACUACACUUUAAAAAAAACACUAAAAUUAUUAAUUACCUAACAAUUUGUUAAAAUUUGAAUUUUCUUUGUCUAAGAUAACUUUUAAAUGGAAAAAAAAUUAUAAUUAUUAAAAAUAUUGUAUUAAUGUAUGCCUGAAAUCAAUGCCGUGUAUGUUUGCGAUAAUUAAUUACUAAAUCUAAUUGUGUGUAAGUUGUGAGCAUAAAAAAGAAAUUAUAAAAAAAAUAUAAUAUACAGAAUAUAAACAA